GUCUGCUGCGCGCCAUACUCUCUCUCUCUCUCUCUCUCCGUCUUUCUCUCGCUCUCGCUUCCACUCCACUGCCCGAGUUUGCCGAUUCGGCCGUGAGGUGUCGCGGGCGUUGCCACUGCUGCAGUACAGUGCUCUCUCUCCCCACAGUGAGUGUGCCGAGCGCGUCUGACGACUGCCUACCAGAGGCAGUUUCUGCCGAGCGUCCGACUCGUCGACACGCACGAUACAGCCGCGCGCAGCGUACCAUCACACGUUCAGCCAGUGCGACAUGCCGCCGCGUCGAAUCGUCGAAGCCGCGUGUGUCGUUGCCGAGUAAUACGAGCCGCGAGGGAGCAGGCCAGCUGAAGAGCAGCGGGUAAACAGUGCGUGCUUUCCCCUAUUCCGCUCCGAAGCCGAGCGUCGACGAAAGAGUGCGCGACGAAGAACAGUUGUUAUACUUGCCGUCUGUCCGACACGACACGACGAGCAAAGCAGUGCAAAGAGAGUGACAUGCCGCUGCCUCGAGCCGGCGCAAGGAGCUAGUAGUAGAGUGGUCCUGGAUGAGGCAUCUCGGCGAUCGCUGCGUCGACGACUGAGCGCUAGACGACUUGACCACGAGCGACAACAGCAGCAGCAGCCAGCGAGACGAUGGACAAGCGGCAGCAGCACUUGCUGAUCUUGAGCUUGGUGCUCGCGAUAGCAGCUUGCGCGGUGGAGGCCUCGGGGGUGUUCGAGCUGCGGCUCAAGUCGUUCGCCAACGAGAACGGCAAGGACAGCCUGGGCAAGUGCUGCUCGGGCCAGGCGAGCACGGCGCAGGGCCGGUGCACCGGCGUCUGCAGGACGCGCUUCCGCGUGUGCCUCAAGCAGUACCAGGUCAACAUCGACACCACCACGCCGUGCACCUACGGCGACGUGGUGACGCCGGUGCUCGGCGAGAACUCGCUGACCAGCGCCAGCAAUCUGACCAGCCCCAUCCGCUUCCCCUUCGACUUUACCUGGCCGGGCACGUUCUCUCUGAUCGUCGAGGCCUUCCACGACAGCAGUGACGGCAGCGGCAACUCCACCGGUAGCCCGAGCGAGCGGGUGAUCAUCACGAGGCUGGCCACGCAGCGCUGGCUGGACGUCGGCCCGGAAUGGAUCGAGGACGUGCACAGCUCGCACCACUCGGCGAUGGUAUACCAGUACCGCGUGACCUGCGCGGCCCACUACUACGGCAAGGGCUGCGAGAACCUCUGUCGGCCGCGCGACGACAACUUCGGCCACUACAGGUGCUCGCCCACCGGCGAGCGCGUCUGCCUGUCCGGCUGGAAAGGCGAUUAUUGCGCUAGUCCCCACUGCCUGGCCGGAUGCGACGAGCAACACGGACACUGCAGCCGACCCAACGAGUGCACCUGUCACAACGGCUGGACCGGCGAGUUCUGCGACCAGUGCGAGCGCUACCCCGGCUGCCUGCACGGCAGCUGCCAGAAGCCCUGGGAGUGCCUGUGCGACGAGGGCUGGGGCGGGCUGUUCUGCAACCAGGACCUGAACUUCUGCACCAACCACAAGCCCUGCCGCAACGGCGGCACCUGCUUCAACACCGGCGAGGGCUCGUACACGUGCUCGUGCGCGCCCGGCUUCACCGGCACCGACUGCGAGACGCCGCUGCUCGACUGCCAGAGCCAGCCCUGCCUGAACCAGGCCACGUGCGUGAGCGCGAGCGGCAACGCCAGCAGCCCGGAGGCCGCCGAGGGGCCGGCGAUCGCGCGCCGCUACCGCUGCGCCUGCCCGGCCGGCUGGCGCGGGCGCCACUGCGAGGUGAGCUCGCGCUCGUGCCGCGACGGGCCCUGCGCCCGCGGCGCCACGUGCGAGGACAGCAGCGAGCGCGGCUUCACCUGCCACUGCCCGGCGGGCUUCGCCGGCGCCGACUGCGCGCAGCAGAUCGACGAGUGCGCCUCCAACCCGUGCGCCAACGGCGGCAGCUGCGCCGACCUCACGGCCGGGUUCCGCUGCAGCUGCCCGCCGGGCUUCGCCGGCGAGCAGUGCCAGGUGAACGUGGACGACUGCCAGGGCGCGCCCUGCCUGAACGGCGGCUCCUGCGUGGACCUGGUGAACAAGUUCCGCUGCCAGUGCGCGGCCGGCUUCACCGGCAAGCACUGCGCCGAGCGCGUGGACCUCUGCCAGUACAAGGUGUGCGCCAACGGCGGCAACUGCACCUCCACGGCCAGCGAGUGGAAGUGCACCUGCCGGCCGGGCUUCGCCGGGCGCGACUGCAGCCUCAUCUUCGACGAGUGCAAGAACUCGCCGUGCCUGCACGGCGGCAGCUGCCGCAGCCAGCGCGGCAACGGCUUCGUCUGCGACUGCCCGGACGGCUGGCGCGGCGAGACCUGCGCCGAGCCCGCGCGGCCCGGCGCCGCCGGCUUCUGGGCGGCCGACCGGCCGCGCGGCCACGUGGCCGCCGCGCCCGAGGCCCGCCACGCGGCCCUCACCACCGAGCACGUCGUCGUCAUCGCGACCAUCUCCACGGCCGUGCCGGCCUUCGUGCUCGUGGCCGCGCUCGCGGUCAUGUGCAUGAAGCGCCGCCAGAAGCGCGAGCAGGCCAAGGCCGACGAGGAGGCGCGCCUGCAGAACGAGCGCAACGCCGUGCACAGCAGCAUGAGCAAGCGGGCGGGCGCGCUGCUGUCGCCGCCCUGCGAGCCCGGCGCGGCCGCCUGCGGCGACAGCCACAUGAUCAAGAACACCUGGACGGCCGCGGCGGCCAGCAAGAGCAUCAACAACGCCGACAGCGCCUACGACGAGGGCUACAAGCCCGAGCCCGCGGCCGAGGCGCGCCCGCGCGCCACCAAGCAGCUCAACACCGAGGCGGCGGCGCACCGCGCCUCGCAGCACCUCUACCACAAGGAGAAGGACUCGUGCGCCUCGGUCUGCCAGCUGCUCGAGCCCAAGCGCGCCUCCAGCCUGUUCGCGCCCGAGGCCGGCUGCUGCUCGGCCGCCGGCUGCGCCGACCUCAAGAGGCCCGGCGCCGCCGGCCUGGCGGAGGCGCCGCCCGACGACCUCGACUCGGGCUGCUCGCCCGUCUACGUCAUCGACGAGCACUACAGGCACGACCUGUCGCGCGACACCCUGGCCACCGAGGUCUAGCGGCCACUCCGAAGUCACUCUCUUCAAACGGAUGCUGUGUGCGGGCGCACCGCCCGCUUUACUUAGCUCUUAGUCUUCACUCGAAUACGAAAGAAAUGCUGCGCAUAGGUACAUAUAUAUAUUAUAUAUAUAUAUAUACACACACAGUGAUGUAUAUCAAUCGUGACGUGACGCGCGAUGCGCACACACAACUCCUGUACAGAACUAAUUUAUUAUCAUUGUUGAUUAUUGAUGUAGCUCGUAAUUCGGUAACGCGUGCGUAUUCUCGUAAGUUGGUGUCUGUGUGUGCGCGAAAGCAAGAGAAUCUGACUGUUUGCUUGGCCGCGAGCGAAGCUUAUAUAUAAAUACUGCCUGCGACUGUGUGUGUGCGCGUGUAUGUGUGUGUGUCCUGUCUUUACAAAUGUACGUGUGUGACCGAUGUUUUUGUAAUUGCCAUCUGCAUCCGUGUAAUCGAGCUCGGAUGACAAUUAUAGAAAAUGUCGAGGGCAAGUGCGACAAUCGGCUCUUAUAGAGCUUUUCUCCUUUUUUUUCCUUUUUUUUUCUCUCCCUUCUUCUUCGUUUUUCGUUCGAGGAUCCGUGCGCGAGCGCGCGAAAAGCUUUUUUUCCAGCCUCGCGCCCGAGUUCAUUGACAGUCUGUCGCGCGCGGACACACUAAAAAUAAGCUCGGGCGUCAAGGCGCUUCAAGGUCCGACGUUGCGAAUAAUAUUGGGGACGAGAGCUUUUUCGCCGGUAACAAUCCGGAAUCGCCAUAAGCUUUCACUCUACGACGAUCUCCAUUACGAUGAUUAACUUUUUUUCUCGUUUUUUCUCUUUUUUUGCGUUUUUUCUUCUAUCUUCGAUGUAGGCGGUUCUUGAUCGAUGCCACGGAUCCGAGAAGUCACGCCGAGCGGGCAAAGGACUAGCAAGUCCAAAUGGCUUGUUUAAGACGUUUCUUUUUUUCACAAAUUUUCGUUUUUUUCCUCUUUGUUUGUUCGUUUUCUUUCUUUUUUUUUUAUUCUUGUAAAAUUGUGCUAUCGAGAUUUAUUUUGAUGACUUGCUAGUCGGUGAUGCCGCGAGGUGUGUCGAAGCACUGACGACUGCUGUUUUGUUACACACAAAUCGUGCGAUGAGUGACGUAUUUAUUUAUAACGAUAAUGAUAAAUAUUUGUUGGUGAUAUGACGAUCAUGAAGAUAUUAGAUGAUAUGAAAUAUCGGACAACGAUGCGACGACGAGAUUCAUUGAUGUUCCUCUUAAAGUUAUAUUACUCAGAAGUCAGACUUGGGGCUUUCCGCAUCUGUAAAGCUUUUUCUCAAAGGCGACGCCUAUGCGCGCAUGUCCCGUAAUAACGGCCAAGUUCGUUGAAGCAGCGAAUUAAGGAUACAAGAUUUCUACGAUACAUUUGGUUUUUGUACUUAUAUACAACAUAUACAUAGGUAAAAUAUCGUCCUAAACGAAACAAAAGGAAUCUUUAUUCACUGCCACGCGUAUGCGCAACUUUGGUGAGAAAAUAUCUCGACGAGCGUGAGCACUCCGAUCGCUGUCUGCUCUUUCGCGCGAGCGCACCUUUUUUUUCGCUUUUUUCUCCGCCGCUGCUCACUUGGAACAAAGAGCGAUUGGCCGUAUUUUCUCAGCAAAGUUUCGAUGUUCGAUUUAGUCGUUUUUUU